AUGCCCAGUCGACAUUAUUUAACUAAUCAAACUGCUAGACGAAAAUGUCGUCUUAAUGGUAUGCGACCAUCACAACGUAUGCCUCAUAAAGCUACAUUACAGAAACAGUUUUCUAAUUAUAUACAGCUCAGUGCUUCAGAACUUCCACGUAAAGCUAAUCUUCGUCAUGACAUGACAGCUAUUGAAGAUCAAUCAGAUAUUGGUUCUUGUGUAGCAAAUGCUUUUGCUGGAGCUUAUGAAUAUCUGCUAAAGAAAUCCAGUGGUUGUGUUACUGAUGUAAGUCGAUUAUUUAUUUAUUACAAUGCUCGUGUUAAAGAUGAAGAAUCAGAUGAAAAUAUCAGCGAUUCAGGUUGUACUGUAACAGCUGCUAUUGAAGCAUUAGAAGAAUUUGGUACUUGUCUUGAAUCAAUUUGGCCAUACUAUGAAAAACGUGUAAAUAAAUGCCCUAGUGAUGAAGCAUAUGCCGCAGCAGAAAAUAAUAGAAUAAUUGAUGCAUUACAAGUUAAAAUAAAUUUAUAUGAAAUGAAAUCCUGUCUUGCGCAAGGUUAUCCUUUUGUAUUUGGCUUAGAACUAUAUAAAUCAUUUGAUCAAGCAGCUAGAAAAGGUAUUGUGCCAAUGCCAAAAUUAGGAGAAACAAGUCGAGAAUCGCAUGGAACUCAUGCAAUGUUAGCUGUAGGUUAUAGUGAUUAUGCACAAGUAUUUAUUGUUCGAAAUUCAUGGGGUGAAGAAUGGGGUAAUGAAGGAUAUUGUUAUAUUCCAUAUUCUUACAUGACUGAUCCGGAUUUAUGUUCCGAACCAUGGACUGUUCGUCAAUUGGAAACUGAUGAUAUGGGUCGUGAACAUUGGGACGAUGAUGAUUCAAUUGAUUAUCAAGAUGAUGAUGACGAAGAAACAGGCGAUGAUGGUGUAAUUGAAGAGGAAGAAGAAAAAGAAGAGGAAGAUGACAAUGAUGAAAAAGACGAAUAA